AUGGGAAUCUGAGGAGGUGGGUCUUUGUAGUGAGCUGCCUGGGGCAGUUGAGGCACGUACAAUAACACGAUGUUUGGACAGAUGCAUGGCUAGGAAAGGUUUUGAAGGAUGUGCUGAACUUGGGCAACUGGGACUAACAUCUUGGUCAAGGGGCUGAAGGGCCUGUUUCCAUGAUUCUAUAACCUGAGGGGAUGGAUUAAUUAUUUGAUCCUUGCUUUCUUCAGCAGACAACAGCACGUUUAUAUUGCCCCAGAAAUACCCCGUGCCUCUCUGUAAAGACUUCCCCUUGGCACCUCUGGAGCCUGCCUACCAAAUGGGCCCCAGAAUGGCUUGCAGGAAUGGCUCCUGCAUUGAGAAUGUGUUGCCAGGACAGGCCUUCAGAAUUCGCUACACACUUCAGGAUGUAUCUGGCAAUCCUUUGAUCAUGACGCAGUGGUCUGAUUCCAUCUCGACAAAAGAUGAGCCAGCAAGUUACGUGUCUAUCCAGGCGUGGGACGCUGGACUGCGAUCCGGGUCUAUGGUGGUGAUCACAGUGCUCCUCGCAGUGGCUGUCUUCACCCUGAUCGUUGGCUUUGCUGCCGCUGUAACCAUGGGCUGGAGAUAAACUUUCAUUGGGGAAUAUUCUUAAUUUUCCACAAUAAAUCACUGCUGGAUUGUAACCAGGAUUUUUAUUCCUGC